AUGACCCGAUCGGCGCUCGCUGCCCUCGCCUCGGCGGACGUUCUUCAGCACAUCGCUGCCUACGUGCGCUGCCCGUACGCCCUCGGCGCCUUCUUACAGCUCGUCCCGUCCGCCGACCUCUCCAUCUCUUUUCGGCAUCUCGCGCGCUUAGCACAGACGAUUGCGCUGCCCCACCUCUGGCCGCGACUUCGAGCCUCGGCGCUAACGUCAUCGACCGAAGUAUCGCUGGCGGCGACGCUCCUGCAGCACGGGAGCACGACUCUGUGCCUCGACGAAUGGCCCAAGGCUGGUGAUAGACUCGCAGCGUCCGCGCCCGCUCUCGCCUGCACCUUCCUCGCGUCCAUGGCCGACGCUGCGGCGUGGACGGGCGCGCGCCUCGUCGAGUGUGCGCUCAUCCUCGCGUCCAGUGACAGCGUCGACGACGUGGCGUCCGUCGCAGCGUGGGUUGUGACGGCGCCACGCUUACGCUGCGUGCAGCUCUCCUAUUACAGCGGUCUCGGCCCCAUCGAAGAGCGUCUCUCGCAGUCGAUCUUUUCGCCCCGCAUCGUCGACAUCUCGCUGCACAACGUCGGGCCCGACGUGCUCCCGUCGCACUGGAUCGCGCGCCUCGUCGACUGGCUCGGAGGCAACCGUGCGACGCGCGUGAGUCUGGCCGAGGUCGUCACUAACGACGGGCCCGAUGUGCUCGUCCUCGCCCGUGCUUUGCACACCUGCACCUCGUUGCGGUCGCUCGAGCUCACGCAUCUCCCAGAGCUUGCGACUGCGUAUCUUGCGGCACCCGUGCCCAGCUCCCUCGUCGAGUUGGCGCUGACGGGCCACGCUCUCCCGAACGGGUGCGCUGCCGCCCUCGUAAGCGCCAACUUGACGCGCCUCAAGCUCCACAUCCACGACGCAGCGGACGAUAUCUUGGCUGCAGUCCUCGCCUCGUGCCCGAGCAUGCUGUCGCUGACCUCCAUCGACGUUGCCUACGAAGCGUUACAUGAGCGUGCACGCGGAGCUCUUGUGCGUACGCUGCCACUCGUCCGAGCGCUGGAUGAGCUCAAGCUCGAGUCGCUACAUGGCCACGACGUGGCUCUCGCUGCAGCACUUGUGCCCGUGCUGCCGCGCUGCCAGUGCUUGCACCGCGUCGCACUCCGAGGUCUCUGGUGGCCACACUCGACGCCGCCUACCCUUGCAGUGGGCUCCUGCCUACGCUACCUGUGCCUGAAAGGAUGCCUGCUUCAGGGCAGCACAGGUAGCAUCGGCGCAGUCCGCGUGUGCUGCACGACGACGAACGGGCCGUGCUGGAUCGACGGCAACUUCGACGCCUACCACAUGGGGACUCUAGAUCAUUGCACGUCCGAGCGCGCGUCCUUUCUCUAG